AUGAAAAAAGCAGUGUCAUUAAUAAAUGCAAUGGAUAUGGGAAGAUUUCCACGACUGCUCACCCGGAUUCUUCAAAAGCUUCACCUGAAGACUGAGAGCAGUUUCAGUGAAGAAGAAGAAGAAAAGCUGCAAGCCGCAUUUUCUCUAGAGAAACAAGAUCUUCACCUAGUCCUUGAAACAAUAUCAUUCAUUUUAGAACAGGCAGUGUAUCACAGUGUGAAACCAGCGACUUUGCGGCAGCAACUAGAGAACAUUCAUCUUAGGCAAGACCGAGCUGAAGCGUUUGUCAGUACUUGGUCUACGAUGGGUCAAGAAGCAGUGGAAAAGUUCAGACAGAGGAUUCUGGCCCCUCACAAGCUAGAAACUGUUGAAUGGCAGCUGAACCUUCAGAUGGCUCAUUCUUCUCAAGCAAAACUGAAAUCUCCUCAUGCUGUGUUACAACUGGGUGUGCGUGAUGAGGAUUCAAAGAGCCUGCAGAAAGUUCUCAUGGAAUUCAGUCACAAGGAGCUGUUUGAGUUCUAUAACAAGCUAGAGACCAUACAAGCACAGCUGGAUUCCCUUACAUGAUGUUUGCGAAGACUGGUUUCUCCAUCACACUCCUGCCACCUGAUUAUUUAACAUUGAAGACAGAUUGCCAGGUUGUGUUUUCUGAAGGAUUCAGUGGGUUUUUUUCUUAUAAAUUACAUGGCUUAUUGCUUUUUAGACAAAUAACAGCCCGCGGAGAUCAUUGUUAAAAAUGUUGAGAUUCUAAUAGGCUUUCCCUUGGCCUGUGAACCAACAGCAGUUGUUGAGGACACUGGUUACAAAGGAAAUGAAAGUGAAUGCCAGGGGGUUUUACUUUCUGCAUGUUGGUUUUGACUGCCUGGCUUGUUUACGUUUUACAUGCUUGAUGACACCAUAUGUGUCCAAUUGAGUCCAAGGUAUAAUGUGUCCUUUAGCAGAAUACAGAACUUCAAUAAUUAGUAAAAGAAACAAAGUAGCCGCACACAGUCAAAUACAUUGUAGUGUUUUUCCUUGAAUGUAAUGAAUUUGGUUUGCUCGCAAAAUACACAUCAAAUAAAUUUAAAACAGAGCUAGUAAUAUCAUUUAAUAUCAUCAUGGACUUGUUUCUCUGUCCAUUCUGCUCCUCCCCCCUGCCCACCCUGUGAAGUUUUUGUUUGCUUAUCUUUAUACUGCAAAUUAAUAAUGCUUUCACUUGACUGUAUGGGAGACAGAUUCAGAUCAUGAAUAAAAACGUUUGACAUGAAUGUUAAAUAGGCAUUCUUAAUGUUUUUAAACAAAUACCUUUUACAUUCUCUUUCUGGAAAUGAGUUUGUUAAUUUUGCUAGUAAAAUUUUUAUGUUUUAGGACUUGUUGAAUUGAAGUUCACAAGUAUCUUAUGCUAUGAAUGUGUAUAUUUGAUUGAUACAUGAUGAAAAGAAAAUAAUACCAAUUGAUUUUGUUAUGAAUAAUAUGUCUGACCUGUUUCCAGAGAGAUUGAUUCAAAAUGACUUGUUUCAAAUAUUGGACUUUUGAUUUCGUAAAUGUUCCAUAAUUAAAUAAACAGCCAUUGAAAUGGAUUCACAUUCUUUCUAUAAGGUAUAUGGACAAUGCAAGCAUUUAGUGUUUGCCAAAUAAAUGUUCACUGUAUGGAA